AUGAAAUCUAAAGCACCAAAUGAGCAUGAAGAUGGUUUCUUAGAAUAUAUUGAAUACUUCAUAAAUAUAAAUUCCCUUUUUGAAGAAGCAAAUGAAAAGGUUGAAACAUUGGAUGAAGAACGAUCAGAAAAAUUAAAUCGCGUUAAAAUAGUUAACAAAACCAUGAAAAAAGAAGCAGAAGAUUUUCUCCGAGAUGAAAACACGUUAGCUUUGAAGCAGUCAAAAAUUUUGCUAGAGUGUAAGAAUAAUACUGAAAUAUUAACUAAGGCUGUGAAUAAAUUAAUAGAUCAACUAAGAGAAGAAGAAGAAAAGCAUCAACUUGAAAAAGUAACUAAUGAAAUUCUAGAAGAAUUGGCAAAUUAUGAGAAAGAUGAUAUUAACCUGGAAGAAAGAAAAAAAACACGCAAUUCUAAAAAGAAGAAAGUGACAAUGGCAUUUUCUACGGAUCGUCAUGGACUUUCGGAAGCGAAAACAGCAUUACGAUUUAAUGAACAGGAAGGAUUUUACUCAAAGAUAGUGUCGUAUAAAGGAUUAUGUGAUCUUUUGGGUAACCUUGGUGUCAUUGAUGAUAAAUAUGAUGUUGCGAUUUCAAUUGCCUGUCCUGCAUUGAACAACAUCGCAGUUGAUUCUGUUGAAGUUGGACAUAAUUUUAGAUCAAUUGAAAGACAACCUUCUAAAAUUGAAGAGGAGAUUAAGAUUUUACAAGAUUUUGGAAAUUGGGGUGAUAAACUUCGAGCUCAAAAGUCUAAAAUAGAUCAUGUUAAAGAUCAACAUGUUUUAAUAAAUGAGCGAAUUAUCAAGUCUCAAGUGGCCAAUCAAGGGCGGAAAAGGAUACGAUUAAAAUUGAAAAUUCUCUAG